GCUUCUAUUUCUGAGGUUGAUCUCUCAACCUAGAUGAAGAUUCUGUUGGUAAAUCUAGAUUCAUAAAGCUAUCAUCCGGGGAUACAGAUCGCCCUGAUUUGGGAAGUGCAAGAGUUGUGGUUACAGGUGGAAGAGCUUUGAAAAGUGCUGAGAACUUCAAAAUGAUAGAGAAGCUUGCAGAAAAACUUGGUGCAGCAGUUGGUGCAACCCGUGCUGCCGUUGAUGCCAGAUUUGUUCCCAAUGAACUUCAGGUUGGCCAAACUGGCAAAAUCGUAGCCCCGGAACUAUACAUGGCAUUCGGUGUUUCAGGAGCCAUUCAACACUUAGCUGGCAUGAAGGACUCUAAGGUUAUCGUUGCUGUUAACAAAGAUGCCGAUGCACCCAUUUUUCAGGUAGCCGAUUAUGGACUCGUUGGCGAUCUUUUUGAAGUGAUACCGGAGUUGUUAGAAAAGCUUCCUGAGAAAAAGUAGGCCCGUUUACGUCCCAAAGUUGCAAAUUUUGUUGAAUGCUGUCUAAACAAAGAUUCCAAUUGAAUAGCAUUAAAGCAGAAUUUGUGGUAUUUUGUCACGCUAAAUAACUCUUCAUUUGUGAAGCACCCAAAAUU